CGAUUUGUAAAUUACCGUAAUCAGUUGGAAAGAAAGCGAAUAAGAAGAAAGAUAAGAGCGAAUAAAACUAAUUUCACAACUAAACCUCUCUAAAAAUCAGUGUCCAAUUAUCAGAAUGCGUACUCUACCAAUACUGUGGCGUAUGGCGGAGGAUUUAAGACGUUUGGCUAUGCCAUCGUCGCCCUUUUUCGAAUAUCCUUGGACUACCAGUUACCGUUGGGCUCCUUUUGCCCAUAUGAAUCGCAUGCUCGAAGAGGACAUGAGCCGGUUCAACAAGGAUGGCUACCAAGUAUCGAUAAAUGUUUCGGAAUUCAAGCCGGAAGAAUUGUCCGUGAAGGUAGUGGAGAAUAGCGUUAUUGUGGAGGGCAAAUCGGAGCAGCACCAAGAUACGGAAGGUGGCUAUAUAUCCCGUCAUUUUGUGCGACGUUUUACUCUGCCAAAGGGCUAUGAGUCCGACAAGGCCAUGUCAACUUUAACCUCAGAUGGUAUUCUAACUGUUAGUGUGCCGAAACCGCAAAUUGAGGAAAAGGCUCGUGAAAUUCCGAUACAGCGUACCGAAACGGCUUCUAUAAAAUCUGGCGAAGAUGCCAAAAGUUCGGAAAAUAAGAAGUGAUUAAUGCGUCUGUCUAAGCCCAGAUACAAAAUAUUGGACUGAUUUAGUUGUAGUUAGCAAAGUAUUUUCAAAUAGUUUUACGAAUAAACAAUGAAAAAAGAAACAAACUAAACAAGCGCGAUGUUUAAUUAAUUAA